UUUGCGGCCGCAAUGUCGCACCCUUCCCCCGAGGCGAAGCCGUCCAACCCCGCGAAUCCCCGAGUCUUCCUGGACGUGGACAUCGGGGGCGAGCGAGUUGGCCGAAUUGUUUUAGAAUUAUUUGCAGACAUUGUACCCAAAACUGCGGAAAAUUUUCGUGCUUUGUGUACUGGAGAAAAAGGCAUUGGUGCUACCACUGGGAAACCGCUCCAUUUCAAAGGAUGCCCUUUCCAUCGAAUUAUUAAGAAAUUUAUGAUUCAGGGUGGAGACUUCUCGAAUCAGAAUGGGACAGGUGGAGAAAGUAUUUAUGGUGAAAAAUUUGAAGAUGAAAAUUUCCAUUACAAGCAUGAUCAGGAAGGUUUAUUGAGCAUGGCAAAUGCAGGUGCCAAUACCAAUGGCUCACAGUUCUUUAUUACAACAGUUCCAACUCCUCAUUUGGAUGGAAAACAUGUGGUUUUUGGCCAAGUACUUAAGGGAAUGGGUGUGGCAAAGAUUCUGGAAAAUGUAGAAGUGAAAGAUGAAAAGCCUGCGAAAAUGUGCGUUAUUGCAGAAUGUGGAGAAUUAAAGGAAGGGGAUGAUUGGGGAAUAAUUCCUAAAGACGGUUCUGGUGACUGUCAUCCAGAUUUCCCUGAGGAUGCAGAUGUAGAUUUAAAGAAUGUAGAUAAAAUUUUACUUAUAGCAGAAGACUUAAAGAAUAUUGGAAAUACUUUUUUCAAAUCUCAGAACUGGGAGAUGGCCAUUAAAAAAUAUACGAAGGUUUUAAGAUAUGUGGAAUGUUCAAAGGCUGUCAUUGAGAAAGCAGAUGGGAACAAGUUGCAGUCUGUUGCUUUAAGCUGUGUGCUGAAUAUUGGGGCUUGUAGACUGAAGAUGGCAAAUUGGCAGGGAGCAGUAGACAGUUGUUUGGAGGCUCUUGAAAUAGACCCUUCAAACACUAAAGCACUGUACCGUAGAGCUCAAGGAUGGCAAGGACUAAAAGAAUAUGAUCAAGCACUGGCUGAUCUUAAGAAAGCCCAGGAGAUAGCACCAGAAGAUAAAGCUAUCCAGGCUGAGUUGCUGAAAGUCAAACAAAAGAUAAAGGCACAAAAAGAUAAAGAGAAAGCAGCAUAUGCAAAAAUGUUUGCUUAACAAGUAAUACUUUUCUUUAACUAGUGUGAACUGGUUGUAUAAAGGCAAUAAGAAAAUAAGGAUUUUUGCUUAUAAGAUCUGUAAUGUGUUUUCUUUAAUGUCAGUUCUCCAUUGUUUACAAUUUAGGAAAACUUUACUAGUAGUGUUCUCAAAAUACAGUGAAAUUGUUUUGUAUAAAUGGCUAUCUGCAUUAUUCACAAAGAAUGUGUCUAGCUGUGUUUUAAAAUCUGAAAGACACACUUACUGAAUAAUAAACAGAUUAAAAUUUAA